AUAAUAUUUCAUUGGAGAUCAACCUUAAGACGACGACAGGACAUUAGUGGCUCCUGUCAAAGAUAGAUCGAAUGGGUUUUAAUGUCAGUGAACGUAUCUUAUAAUAAGUUAAAUUGUGAGUGAUAAAAUAAAAGUUAUAUCGUUAUCAUCUAAUAUUAGUGUGAAGUAUAAAAGAUAAAUACUUGUUUUCAAUGGCGCAAAAAGAUUCAACCGAACCAGUUCCCGAUCAAUUUAAGUUAUUACCAAAGAUAAUAAAUGGAGGAAUUGCCGGAAUUAUCGGUGUAUCCGUAGUUUUUCCUCUGGAUUUGGUAAAAACACGUUUACAGAAUCAAGUAAUAGGACCACAUGGCGAACGAAUGUAUAGCUCGAUGUUAGAUUGUUUUAAGAAGACUUAUAAAGCGGAAGGAUAUUUUGGAAUGUACAAAGGAUCUGGCGUAAAUAUUUUAUUAAUUACGCCGGAAAAAGCCAUUAAACUCACUGCCAAUGACACAUUUAGACAUUAUCUCUCCACUGGUCCUGGCCAACAACUGCCAUUACAACGUGAAAUGUUGGCUGGAGGCUUAGCAGGAGCUUGUCAAAUAGUUAUUACUACUCCAAUGGAAUUACUUAAAAUCCAGAUGCAAGAUGCAGGUAGAGUUGCUGCAGCUGCAAGAGAAUCUGGAAAAACUGUACCAAAAGUAUCAGCAUUAUCUUUAACUAAGGAUCUUCUUAGACAAAGAGGAAUACUAGGACUUUAUCAAGGAACCGGAGCAACGGCACUAAGAGAUGUUACGUUUUCCGUUAUUUACUUUCCUUUGUUCGCUAGACUAAAUAAUCUUGGACCAAAGCGAGAAGAUGGAUCAUCUGUAUUUUGGUGUUCGUUUCUUGCUGGUUGUGCAGCUGGAUCUACAGCUGCAUUAUUAGUUAAUCCUUUUGAUGUAAUUAAAACGAGAUUACAAGCAAUUAAAAAAGCACCCGGUGAACCUACAUAUGAUGGAGUAAUAGAUUGCAUUAGAAAAACACUUGUUAACGAAGGACCAGUUGCAUUCUUUAAAGGAGGUGCAUGCAGAAUGAUUGUCAUAGCACCAUUAUUUGGAAUUGCACAAACCGUUUACUACCUCGGAGUUGCAGAGUGGAUUUUAGGUUUAAAAUAAAAUAAAUUUAAUAUAUCUCUAAGCGGUACCAUUCAAUUACUCUGGGAAACCGACAAUAAUUGGCAUAGAAAUAUAUUUAAAUGUGUUGUUUAAAAGCUAUCUCACUAAUAUAUUACAUCUAAUGCUAUUAGAUUGUCGCAUAUUUCCAUAUCUUCUAUACAGCUGCUUGUCAUUUUUUUCGUUUAAUGAAGAACUACAAAUACAUAUUUUGUAGUUCAAAGUGAUCAAAGUUACUUCUAAUGAUGUAGCUUAUAUUAUUUAAUUGAAUCACAGCUUCUAUUACGCACCAAAGGCGAAUUGAACUUUGUACUGAUUUUGAGAAAUAUAUGUAUGUAUACUUAUACACACAGAGAGAAAGAGAAAGAGAAAGAGAGAGAAAGAGAAAGAGCAAGAGAGAGAGAGAGAGAGAGAAAGAGAAAGAGCGAGAGAGAGAGAGAGAGAGAGAGAGAGAGAGAGAGAGAGAGAGAGAGAGAAAGAAAAGCUUAGAAAAUAUUUAGAAUAAAAGUCCAUGCUGGGUUCAUGGAUAUAAUUAUGUUGUCUUUUAUUGCCUUAAAUAAUAUUCAUGUAUCUUUUAAAUGUACACACAUAUAUACAUAUGUGUGCAUUUAUGCGUGUUAAUAAAUUGAUUAUGAAAACAAAGUUUAUAAAGAAAUAAAAAAUUAGUAGUAUUUGCCAUAUCCACGUUAUUACUUGUUAGAAAAAUAAUUCAAAAAACAAAAGUUUAAAUAAACAUUAUCUUCAUCAGUGAAUUAAGUUUAUUUUACAUUAAUUAUAUUUAAUAAUCGCUAUAUAAUAUUUAUGAUGUGAGGUUUAUUAUAAAUAAUGUAGUACAUACAAUUGCACUAAAUCGUUGGAUGCUUUCAUUCGCAUUAAAUUGAAAUAAAAUGAAGAAUAUCUCGUCCGAAGCUCAGAUAAAAUAUAAAAUUCCAAAAGAAUACCAUGAAGAAACCAAAUUGUGAAAAUUAUAUACAUGCAUUCAUCCAAACUUAAAACAGACACAUACACACACGCAUACUUAUGAUGUACUACACGCGAAAGAAGUUUCUUAAAAAAAAAAAAGAAGUUCAAGUACGAGGUAUUGAGAUGGUUAUAUUGGCACUUACGAGUGACGAAUUUUAGCGCGCUAUAAAAUGAAACAUGCUGACGCGCUAAUAACUCUAUAAUAAUUAUUAUGUAUGAAUAUGCAUCACGGAUGCAAUCGACUUUAUUAUAUUUAUUGUAUAUUUUAUCACAUAUAAUGUAUCGUCCAGAAAAUCGUUGGAAUGAUCAGUUUAACGAUUACGAGCCAUUGACAACAACGAAUAUUCGUUCGUUAUAUAUACAUAAAAGAGAUAGAAAAGGAAAAG